UGUUAGUCGGUUGACGUAGUCCUUCAUCGCGUCGAGGGUCUUGAGUUACCGUCGGUGCCGGCGUGUGCGUUCCUCUGGACAUAUUCCUCGCGUUGCCCGCGGGGGAAUGACGCUGCUCGCCGCUAGAACUCCGCGCGCGUCCAGUACUACUUAAUUUCCUCGCUGAAAAGACGUCGUCGUUAUAAAUGCCGGCUCGGCGCCAUCGCAACCUACGUGAACGGCAGCAACACCGGCGGCUAGUAACGAGAAGAAAAACCUUCGAACGCUGCGCACCUUGAAUUCGAUCGAGGAAGCGAUCGACAAAACCCUUGGAUACAUCGCGUUGUUUACGGCCAGGCGAGCGUCUCUCCGAAGGUUUUUUUUUUGCUUCGGACGGGGAAGAACGCAACCAAUUCCACCUGUUGGUUCCGGAGUUUCAUCACCAAACGAAACGGGACGUCAUGGAACUUGAGGGUGCGAUGUCUUGUGCUAGUUCGACGUUCGAUCGCCUGCGGGACGACGACACCGUUUGUGGAAGACGGCUGAAAAGUGAAACUUGUGGUGUUGAGAGCUUCGACAGAGACGCUACAAGUCGGAAACUUCGUGGUAGGACCACCGUUGGUAACCCGUGGUUCGGAAGGACUGUGAUAUUCGCCCUGGCAGCUGUGGUACUGGCGAGUCAAGGAACGUGCCUACAGCUGUCCAUCGACCCCAACAGCGGUUCCGUGCGCAUCCUGCGGGACAGGAGGGCCUCCAUACCGUCGUCUGACUCAGUGCGGGAGUUCAGGGAUUGCGGCGGAAACCUGACGGCGCUAUCGCGACCAGCCCGCCUCUACAACCCUGGCUACCCGAAGGCUUACGAGUCCAACCAGCUCUGCCGCUGGGUCAUCACUGCCGACGGAGACAUCACGCUGCACUUCGUCAACGUCGAGAUCGAGGAUUCCCCCGGAUGCGAGUACGACAACAUCGUCGUGCUCAUCGGGCCCAAGCAGGUGCCCAUGGGCAAGAUGUGCGGCACCAUCACGAACCGCACCAUCGCCACAAACUCCACGGCGGUCACGGUGGUCUUCAAGUCGGACGAGUCGUAUGAGGAGAAAGGCUUCUACCUCGAGUUCUCCGCGGACACCGGGGUCGCAGAGAUCUCGGAGAACGCGUGUGGGGACACGUUGACUGCCGAGGAGGGCAACGUGACCAGCCCUGGCUACCCGUUCGAGUAUCCCGACAACAGCAGCUGCUGGUCGCUCAUCAACGUCGAGCCCGGUCGAGUCAUCGUCAUGAGAUUCAAGGUCAUCGCACUCGAAUUCGACGAGACGUGCGCCUUCGACUACGUCGAGAUCUUCGACGGCCCCACCGAAGACUCUCCUUCGUUCGGCCGCUUCUGCGGGGACUCCCAGAAGCGGAUCCUUCGCUCGACGAGCAGCAGCGUGCUGGUGCACUUCAAGUCUGACGACCUGCUCAGCAAUCGCGGCUUCCUGCUUCAGUACGAGAGCAACAGCGGCGGCAUCAAGGUCAGCCACGACGGAGGUUGCGCCGUUGCGUCUGAUGCGGAGAACGGCACCGUGGCCACGCCCAACUACCCCAACAGGUACCCGGCCUCGGCGCACUGCCUGCUGGACCUGGAAGCUCCGCGGGAGGCCAAGGUGGCGCUGCGGUUCGUGGACUUCUCGCUCGAGCCAGACGCGAACUGCACCUUCGACUUCGUCGAGAUCUGGGACGGAUACCAGGACGGAUGGAGAUCCCUGGGACGUCUGUGCGGGGACAAGGGCGAAAUGAAGGAACUGGUGACCUCCGAGAACCGCAUGCGAGUCAAGUUCUACAGCGACAACUUCUCCGAGUUCCGAGGCUUCUUCGCUAACUUCUAUCUCGUCUCUGCGACCGGUAAACCGGAAGUGGAAGACGCCAAGACUGUGAUCCUGCGCAAGAACUCGCUGGUUCCGGCCCGAGAGCUGAUCGAGGAAAUCUCGCCCGACGAGACGGUGGCAGGGGACGACCAGAGGAUCCUCAAGUGCAUUCCCAAAGUUCCAGGAUCCAAGGUCAAGUGGGUGAAGAACGAGACGGUGUUGAACGGAACCAUGCCCCUUCCCCAUCUGUACCUGGUGUCGCCGAGCACGCUGUGGAUCCGGCGCAUGCACUCGGACCUGGCGGGCAGCUACACCUGCCUGGUCAGCACUGAGGACCGAGAGGCCAUGGCGUCCACACUUGUCGUCAUGGCCGGAACGAAGCCUCGCAGCAAGUGCAACGUCUUUUUCCGCAAAAGUCCCAAGGAUCAGGAGAUCCCCCAUGGCGAGACGGCCAUCAUGCACUGUACGGCGCAGGCGCCGCAGCGGCCCUCCUCUGACGUCAAGAUCAGCUGGCUACGCAACGGGCUACCAUUCCCGACUAGCAACCGGUACCGGGACCUCGGCAACGGGCUGGUCUACAUCAGCGACGCCAUGCCCAAGGACUCCGCCGUCUACACCUGCGUGGCCACCGACCGACGCAGUAACUGCACCGUCCAGGAGUCAGCUCUGCUCAGGGUGCUGCCUAGGGUGAACAUCGAGGAGAUUUGCGGAAUUCCGUUUGUGGGACGUCCCAACAUGACGAAGCCUCACGUCGAGCAUGGAAAAAUCGUCGGUGGAAUGGACUCUAUCAAGGGGGCCUACCCUUGGCAGGUCAUGUUCUGGACUGACUUGCGCAAGGCCUUCUGCGGCGGAAGCCUGGUGAACGACCAGUGGGUGCUCACUGCCUCGCACUGCUUCAAGCGGGACGAGAUCCGCAUCGACGAAGUGGAAGUGAGGCUAGGAAAAUACGACCAGACCGUGGUCGAGCCGCAGCAGAUGGUCACCAAGAUUGCCGACGUGCACUUCCACCCGAACUUCAACGUGAACACGUUCGACAACGACAUCGCGUUGGUGCAGCUUGCCGACCGGGUCACCUUCACGGACUUCAUCCUGCCCGUGUGCCUGGGCGACAGCGCCACCAUCGAGCGCGACUUCUUCAGCUCGGGCGACGUGCAACUGGGCACCGUGACCGGCUGGGGACAGCUCACGGAGAGCGUCAACACGCUACCUCGGUUCCUGCAGGAGAUCAGGCUGCCCAUCAUCGACCACAAGACCUGCCAAGCGUCCACGCAGUACCCGGUGACGAGGAACAUGUUCUGCGCCGGCUACAAGCAGGAGAUUGUGGGAGACGCCUGCAAGGGCGACAGCGGUGGUCCCUUCGUGGUGCAGCGCAAGAACCGCUGGUACCUCAUCGGCAUCGUCAGCUGGGGUGUUGGGUGCGGUCGCAAGGACCACUACGGCUACUACGCCAAGCAUUCGUCUCCAAACGGUUCCGUGUGCAAGAGGUGUCUGCAGCUGUCCAUAGACCCCGCAAACGGCUCCGUGAGCAUUCUGAGAGGCAGGAGACCGUACAUGACAACACCCGAGCCCGGGGUCGUGCGCGAAUUCAGGGACUGCGGAGGUAACCUGACGGCGUUCUCGCAGCCAGCGAAGUUAUACUCACCUGGUUACCCGAGGACCUACGACUCGGAUCAGCUGUGCCGUUGGGUCAUCAGCGCAGUCCAGGGAAACGUUACGCUCCGAUUUCUUAAUGUACAGAUCGAAGAGUCACCCGACUGCGAGUUCGACAGCGUCGACGUCCUGAUUGGUUCGAGCCAAGAGUCCGCGGGUAGGCUGUGCGGUGCACUGACGAACCACACGAUCGCCACCAACUCCUCAACCGUCACGGUCGUCUUUCAGUCGGACGAUUCUUACGAAGAAAAAGGGUUCUCCUUGGAGUUCUACGCAGAAAUUGACCCCACAAGUCUUGCCGAAGAAUGCGGUGACACCCUGGUGGGAGAAGCAGGCAACGUCACGAGCCCGGGAUACCCGCUCCCAUACCCGCACAAAAGCAGCUGCUGGACUUUAAUUAACGUCGAUCCUGGCCGCGUCAUUGUCAUGCGCUUCAAAGACUUGACGCUGGAGGAGGACGAGCUGUGCACCUUCGACUUCGUCGAGGUCUUUGACGGCCCAUCAGAAGGUCUACGACCAGCAGCGUCCUUGGUCCACUUCAAGUCCGACGACUUGACAAAUAGUCGGGGUUUCCUCCUCGAAUACAGAAGCGACAGCGCUGGCGUUAAGGCUCCGCGGGAGGCCAAGGUGGCGCUGCGGUUUGUUGACUUCUCGCUCGAACCGGACGACGAAUGCACCUUCGAUUUUGUCGAGAUUUGGGACGGACAGCAGGACGGCUGGCGAUCUCUGGGGCGACUGUGCGGCGACAAAGGGGAGAACACGGAGCUGGUGUCCUCCGAGAACCGUAUGCGACUCAAGUUCCACAGCGACAACUCCACCGAGUCGCGAGGCUUCGUGGCCAACUUCCAGCUCGUCUUCCCGGAAGUAUUCCGCAAGAGUCCCAAGGACGAGGAGCUUCCCCAGGGUGAGACGAUGGUCCUGCAGUGCGCCGCCCAGAUCUCACUGGAGCCUGCGUCGGACGUCAAGAUAGCGUGGCUACGCAACGGCCUGCCGUUCCCGACCAGCAACCGGUCCCGGGAUCUGGGCAACGGGCUUGCUUACGUCAGUGACGCCGCGCCCAAGGACACUGCUGUAUACACUUGCGUUGCCACUGACCGCCACAACAAGUGCAGCCUCCAGAAAUCUGCUCUGUACAGGGUCAUGCCCAGGAUCAGUGUCGAGGAGAUUUGUGGCAAUCCUAUCGUCAGCCGCGCCAACGCAAUGAGGCCACCCAGACCGAAAGGCAAGAUUGUUGGCGGAGAGGACACCGUGAAGGGUGCCUAUCCGUGGCAGGUGAUGUUCUGGUCGCCGUCUUUGGGGAGAGCGUUCUGCGGAGGCACUCUGCUGACCGACCGGUGGGUGCUGUCGGCGGCGCACUGCUUUCGGCACGAGUUGAUCCAGCCGGCCGAAGUCGAAGCACGCCUGGGCGAGCACGACCGGCUCGAAGUCGAACCCGAGGAGGUCGUCACCAAGAUCGCCGACGUCUACUUCCACCCGCAGUUCGACGCGAACACGUUCGACAACGACUUAGCGCUGCUUCUGCUCGCCGACCGGGUGAAAUUCACGGACUACAUCCAGCCGGCGUGCCUGGGCGACAGCGCGGCCAUCGAGCGCGACCAGUUCAACUCGACGGAUGGUGUGCGCAAGGGCAAGGUCACCGGAUGGGGUCAGCUCGCCGAGGACGUCCACACGCUGCCCCGGUACCUGCAGGAGAUCGAGCUGCCCAUCGUGGACCAAGACGUCUGCCGAAACGCGACGGUGAACAAGGUCACGGACAAUAUGUUCUGUGCGGGAUACGCGCAGGAGAUAGUGGGCGACGCCUGUCAGGGAGACAGCGGAGGUCCCUUCGUGGUGCGACGCAAGAAUCGCUGGUACGUUAUCGGCAUUGUCAGCUGGGGCGUGGGAUGCGGCCGCAGGGGGAGCUACGGGUACUACACCAGGGUCACCAACUAUCACAACUGGAUCAAGGAGAAAAUCGUCUACUAGCAGGCGGACCUUCACUGUCCCUCCGUGCUUUGUGAGAAACGGCCGGACGCCUCUCCUGCAGCUUGAACAAUGGUUUAAGCGGACAAACCCGAGUGAUGGCUUCUCAAGUGGUGCAAGUAAACCAAUGUUAUAUUUCUGCUUGUAACCGAGGAAGUCUACAUCAAGCAGGAAAAUGAACAAACUUCUCCGUAAUAGCCGGCAAUACGACACUUGUCUAGUCCAGGAGGACAACGGAGGACGUGAUCCCUACCAGGCUUACUCGAAUAAAACAACAACAACACAGGGUUCCUUAGAAGG